AUGUUUGGAUGUGGGAAAUUCAAAUUCCAGCAGAGUCCUGAUGGUGAUAUCAUCGAUUGUGUUAUGAUUCAUAAACAACCUGCUUUUAAUCAUCCUUUAUUGAAAGGACAUAAACUAUUGGAUCCUCCAGAACUACCAAAAGGACAUAAUCAAACCAGUAUAUCGAGUGACAAUUUUCAAUUAUGGAGUUUAUCUGGCGAAUCAUGCCCUGACAAAACAAUUCCAAUUUUAAGAAACAUAAAUGAUGAUAUCAUGUCAAAAGCUAGCUCUCAUAAUAUAUUUAAAAGAGAAUCAAUUAAUAACGAUGUAAGAGGUAGACAUGAGUAUGUACUUGCCAAAGUGAAUGAUGAUGUGUUCUACGGAGGAAAGGCUAUCUUUAACGUGUGGGCCCCCCAUGUGGAACAGAAUGAAUUUAGUCUAGCUCAAAUGUGGGUCGCCUCAGUCUCUACAUCAGGGACAGAACAAAACCUCAACACCCUUGAAGUUGGUUGGCAGGCUGAUGCAUAUAAGACAACUGGAUGCUACAAUUUAAAAUGCUCGGGCUUUGUUCAAAUUAACAAUAAAAUUCUACUUGGAGGAACACUUACUAAAAUUUCUACAUAUAAUGGAAUACAAUUUGCUUUUACUGCAUUGGUCUGGAAGGAUUCAAAGACUAAGAAUUGGUGGCUUAGGAUUGGAACUGACAUAAUUGGGUACUGGCCAUCCUCCUUGUUUCCACUCUUAAAGAAUUAUGCAAAUAGUGUUCAUUUUGGUGGAGAAAUAGUGGAUGAUGGGCCAGCAUGGACUCACACUUCCACUCAAAUGGGUAGUGGACAUUUUGCCCACGAGGGUUUUCGAAGAGCUGCAUACAUUAGAAAACUACAAGUUGUGGAUUCUAACAACUACUUGAAUCCAGUACCGUAUCCAGAAUUUGACACAAGACACCAAAAUUGUUAUGAUAUAAAACACGGGAUUACCAAAUUGUGGGGCAAUUACUUUUACUAUGGUGGACCUGGCCGAAAUGGUCAAUGUAACAAAGGGAACAAAUAA